UUUUUCUUCGUGUCGUUUAAAUGAUCAUUCUUGUUAAACAGUUUAUAUUCAAAUAUUUGAUUUAAUACAUAUUAACUUUAGUUUUAUAUAUGGAAAUGUUUCUGUUUAAUAUUCAACAUUCUAAAAUGACUUUGAUCUCUCUUGACAAUUUGGCCUACAUUUUUUCACACCACUCGUUUUGACCAUAAUUAUGUACUUAAAUGUUUCCAUUUCCGUGCUUCUUCUCCAGUGAUGUUUUCAGUUUAUUAUUGCGCGACCUUGGGUGUCCUUGAUUAAUACCGCCUGCCCCGCCCCCAAAUACUUUGAUCUGGUGAGCAUAAAGUGCUUUAUAUCUACAGAUCUGCACUCCCUUGUUUUUCAUUUAUUCAUUGGCGAAUUGCUUUUAUGUAGGCCGUCGAUUACCAGCACGAGUGCUUUUCGGUGCCAUUACCAUCCGGUUGAAUUAUUUUUGUUGGCCGAUUCUUUUCCUUUUGCCUUUCUUCUGGCAUUCCAAUGGCUUCCGUCAAGCAUCGGAUGGGGAAAAAUUGUUUAUAUCAGCGCUUUCAAAAUAAAAAAUAAACUUCUACUAUUUUCCGACAAACAAUUGCAUUGCUGAAGGGAAGGAGAAAAAACAGUGUAUGUUCUGAGCCAAAUCCAUAUAGUAUCAAUGGUAUAGAUACAACAUAUGUUUGUUAGCUGGGCACCAUUCAAUCUGCUCGAUUUGGAACGAUUAAUUAGUGAUACAUUUUUAAUGAAAGAUUUAUGGAGCGUGUUAUCCCUAAGCCUCAAAGCCGAUCAGUUUUAACUACUUCCGAAAUUUAUGCAUUGUUUUAAGAGUAAUUUUUAGGUGUACAAUAAAUAUCACUUUUUAAGGUAUCACUUACUAAAAAGUUUUCGCAAGCCCCUGUGAUGUUUGGAUUAUUUGUAACCAUUUAUUUUGUGCAGGGUAUUUGCUGUUCCUAUCUGCCCGCGAUUUUGUUUACAUCUGCUGUCCCAUUUCCCUGGUUUAUUUGCUCUCGUUGAAAGUUCUCGAUUUUGAUUGUUAUCCAGAAUUUAUUUGAGGGAAUCGCAGAGGGAAAACGCCCCCAAACAUGAACCAUUAGCAAUGAGUUAAAUUCUCUGACAAAUUACAAAUUUAGUUUGGAGUUAACUGUGUUCGCAUCAUGUGGUUGCACUGGCUGAUCUGUGUAUUUAUCUUGCUGCAAGUGGCAGUGGCUAAAGCCACCAAGUGGUACGGUGGAGGGUUGGAAUUUAAUCACCCCUCUGCCUGGAUAGAUGAACACUUGCCUUGCGCCCAGGAUCUAGUUGUUUUUCCGGAAUAUUAUCCUGCCCUUUUGCCCCUGCCCGAGGACAUAUCCAUUGAUGGUUUAGUUUUCCCCAGAGAGGGGGCGAUUCUUCUGGCUGAGGAAUCUACCAUAACCUUUGGGGCGGAAAAAAAUUCCAACUGUGAGAGUGAAGAGAAAAAAGCCCAUUUAAAGCCACCCAAGUCGAGUAAAUGGUUUUAUCCCGACACGUGGGUAGACAAGUCCAAAAAGGAUUUUGCCACAUUCAUACCAGAGCUGGAAAGGAUACCCUGCGAUGACGAGCAGGUCAUAAUCAAGGGUCACGGCCCAUUGGCCUUUGAUCUCGAAAAUGUGCAGCACCUGAGACUGGGACAACUUAUUCUGGCUGGCUCCUCCAUUUCCAAAACCUAUUUGGAACAACUCAUCACCAGGGACUUGGGGCAAUUUCUGUUUCACAAUGCCCAGGAUGUCCAGGUGGAGUACUAUAGAGGAGAACUGUGUGGCUGCCACAAGGACUUCGAUCGUUUGCUGGAACCCGUUUGCCACAAUGUUCGGGAGCAGUGCGAAACGCCCCACUGUUUGUCUCCAGUUUGGCCCUUGGGGUCCUGUUGUCUCAUCUGCGGGGCCAUUUUAACCACACCGACCAAUCACUGCACCGAGGGCAGUAAAAAGGAAAUCAUAGCUAAAUUAAAUGACCUAAUUGGCACAAAAAGUCUAAAUGAUCAGAUCCAACUCCAUGCAGAGUUUGUGGGCUCUCAACAGUUUGGAAACUUCCUGCAGGUCACAGUUACGGAUCGUCUUGGCUACAGUGAACAGAGCAUGGAGUUCUUGCAAAAGCAGCUCGAUUAUUGGAACAGGUCUAACACUACGUUGAAGGUUUCCGGUCGACCCUACAACCCAAAUGUAAGCUUCUCCUCAGUCGUUCUGAUACUCUUCUGCAUGGCCCUGGUUGGCUUGGUUUCCGUGGUCAUUUUGGCCCACUUUAUGCCGGAGAAUCCCUACCUGAAUCGCAUACCCCAGUGGAUACACGAUCCCAGGUACUGGAGGUGGCGUCACUUGGGUGUGAGACUUCGCAGGAAUCUGCUUUUCAAUCGGCUUGACGACGUCGGCUCUGGUGGUGGUGGCUCCAGUGAAAGAGGUGCUUCUGGAGUGGAGCGUCUGGGAAUAAUGGCCUAUGAUCCGGAGAGCGGAGAAGUGAGGGAACGGUCCUUUGACAAUCCCAUGUUCGAGCAGGGAGAAGCCAUCGAGGUAGCUGCCAAGGAAUCGUUGGAAGAGGAACAACACUUGGGUGCCCCCAAAAUGGAGACAGGGGAUCUGGACACCAGUAGUGUGGUGGAUGAGCAGGAGCUUACGGAAAUCAAUUUAAAAACCUUGGAAGCGGAAACCGAUGAGGAGACCAUUUAAACGAAAUUUUUUUUUGAAAUCAUAAAAACAUAUACAUCGAGUUAUAUGCAUAUAUGUUAAAAAUCAAAGAAGUUAUAUCGAUUUUCCUAUGACAGUUACAUAAUUUUAUAUCUACGAUUUUUAUAAACUAAAACCGAAUUUCUAAAAAUGAAACAAAUACUACAACAA